CGAGAACCUUUUAUUUGGAACAUUUAAGGAUCCGAGCGACGUGGGCUUUAGGAAGGGGCGGAAGGGGCUGGGGGAGUAGGAAAGGAAAAGGAAUGUGCCGGGAGGUCGUGGGGAGGGGUCUCAGAGAAAGUGGGGGUUCCUCGGAGGAGGGCGGCCGGGUCGGAGCCGCAGCUCGCCAGCCUCCUGUAGCAGCUCGCCCCCGCCUUCGCUUUUGCGCAGAGCCCUCCCCUUGGCUGCAGCGGCGCUCUGCCCCCACUGGCCUGCGCGCCAGCGCGAUCCAUCGCAGUCUGCGUCAGAGCCCCGGCGUAUAAAUAGGGGUGGCAGGACGGCGCCGAGCCGCACACAGCCAUCCAUCCUCCCUCCCUCCUCCCUCCCUCCGCUUCCCGGUUCUUCUCUCUAGGUCCUUCAUCUCCGCCCCGGGGCCCGGAGGGGCGCACCCGGCCGCCACCAUGAGUUCGUUCAGCUACGAGCCGUACUUUUCCACCUCCUACAAGCGGCGCUACGUGGAGACGCCCCGGGUGCACAUCUCCAGCGUCCGCAGCGGCUACAGCACGGCGCGCUCCGCGUACUCCAGCUACUCGGCUCCCGUCUCCUCCUCGCUGUCCGUGCGCCGCAGCUACUCGUCCAGCUCCGGCUCCCUGAUGCCCAGCCUGGAGAACCUCGACCUGAGCCAGGUAGCCGCCAUCAGCAACGACCUCAAGUCCAUCCGCACCCAGGAGAAGGCCCAGCUGCAGGACCUCAACGACCGCUUCGCCAGCUUCAUCGAGCGCGUGCACGAGCUGGAGCAGCAGAACAAGGUCCUGGAGGCCGAGCUGCUGGUGCUGCGCCAGAAGCACUCGGAGCCUUCCCGCUUCCGCGCCCUGUACGAGCAGGAGAUCCGCGACCUGCGGCUGGCGGCCGAAGACGCCACCAACGAGAAGCAGGCCCUGCAGGGCGAGCGCGAGGGCCUGGAGGAGACCCUGCGCAACCUGCAGGCCCGCUACGAGGAGGAGGUGCUGAGCCGCGAGGACGCCGAGGGCCGCCUGAUGGAGGCGCGCAAAGGCGCCGACGAGGCCGCGCUCGCCCGCGCCGAGCUGGAGAAGCGCAUCGACAGCCUGAUGGACGAGAUCGCCUUCCUGAAAAAGGUGCACGAGGAGGAAAUCGCCGAGCUCCAGGCUCAGAUCCAGUACGCCCAGAUCUCGGUGGAGAUGGACGUGUCCUCCAAGCCCGACCUCUCUGCCGCCCUCAAGGACAUCCGCGCUCAGUACGAGAAGCUGGCCGCCAAAAACAUGCAGAACGCCGAGGAGUGGUUCAAGAGCCGCUUCACCGUGCUCACCGAGAGCGCCGCCAAGAACACCGACGCUGUGCGCGCCGCCAAGGACGAGGUGUCCGAGAGCCGCCGCCUGCUCAAGGCUAAGACGCUGGAGAUCGAGGCUUGCCGGGGGAUGAACGAAGCUCUGGAGAAGCAGCUGCAGGAGCUGGAGGACAAGCAGAACGCGGACAUCAGUGCUAUGCAGGAUACAAUCAACAAACUAGAGAAUGAACUGAGAAGCACAAAGAGUGAGAUGGCCAGGUACCUGAAGGAGUACCAGGACCUGCUCAAUGUGAAGAUGGCCUUGGACAUUGAGAUUGCAGCUUACAGGAAACUCUUGGAAGGCGAAGAGACCAGGCUCAGUUUCACCAGCGUGGGCAGCAUAACCAGCGGCUACUCUCAGAGCUCACAGGUCUUUGGCCGCUCUGCUUACAGUGGCUUGCAGAGCAGCUCCUACUUGAUGUCUGCUCGCUCAUUCCCUGCCUAUUAUACCAGCCACGUCCAGGAAGAGCAGACAGAGGUGGAGGAGACCAUCGAGGCCACCAAAGCUGAGGAGGCCAAGGAUGAGCCCCCCUCUGAAGGAGAAGCAGAAGAGGAGGAGAAGGAGAAAGAGGAGGGGGAGGAAGAGGAAGGUGCUGAGGAGGAAGAAGCUGCCAAGGAUGAGUCCGAAGACACAAAAGAAGAAGAAGAAGGUGGUGAGGGAGAAGAGGAAGACACCAAAGAGUCUGAAGAGGAAGAGAAGAAGGAUGAAAUUGCUGGGGAGGAACAAGCAGCUAAGAAGAAAGAUUGAGCCCCUGUUCCCAACUAUUCCAGGAAAAAAAAAAGUCUCCCCAAAUCAGGUCAACCUCAUCACCAACCAACCAGUUGAGUUCCAGAUCCUAUACAAAUUAAGAAGUCAAUAUAUGUAUAAUUCUGAGAUGACUUAGGUUGGACAUUCAAUGUUGUGCUAUGAAUUUGCUCCUUAUGCAGAGUAUCUGUUUGCUUGCAGAGUGGCUUUCUGGCUUGCUGCCAGCCUGUGCAUGGUCCGUGCUUAUGAGUUCAGGAUCUAUGGCAAUGUGAAUCACACAGAUGUUUACAAUAAUAAUUAAAAAAAAACACACACGCAACAUGAAUAAGUGAAUUCACUCAUGUUCAUGUGAAACGUCAUGGAAAAAAUAGUCAUUUGAAACUUCAGUGGUUAGAAAUUACAGACCUCGAAUUAUGUGCAAUAAAUAGUAAAUAAAGUUACACUGAAUGA